CAAGCGGAACACUGAAUUACGGCCACGCCAGAGUGUUGCAGCCUGGCUGAGGUUACUGAUACAGUUGUUCUCAGUGCUUGUCAUAUUCUACCUUCCUCUUCACUGCAAAAUAAAUUAAUGAUUUGAGUUCACACGGCAUAGCCAAUACAUUUUAAGAUCAGUCUAAUUUGUAAAAUGAACGUUCAUACUCUCUUUAAAGGGUUCCUUUUAACCAGUUUACAUUGUUCACAGAGGGGCUUUGUCAGGAAAACCGAAAAGGCUUUUCCCAAAGGGGUCUUGCUUACUUGCGUCCUUGUGCUGCUUUUUUUUUUUCUCUGUUUUAAGGCCCGAGUGUCCAUCAAGCGCCUAGAAGAGUUUUUAGAUUUGGAGGAACUAGACCCCGAUAGUGUCCAAAGGAAAUCACCUACCUUACUUACCUCAGGAAUGGUCAGCGUUAGGAGUGGAGUGUUCGGCUGGAAUAAGAAAGACGCGCCAAAACUUCAUUGUAUCAAUGUAAAUAUUCCAAGCGGUUCACUUGUCGCCGUGGUCGGUCAGGUUGGAUGUGGAAAAUCUACCCUGCUAUCUUCUCUUCUUGGAGAAACGGAUAAAUUACAUGGAGCAGUAUUUGUGGAUGGUUCUGUGGCAUAUGUAUCCCAGCAGGCCUGGAUUCAAAACGCAACUGUACGAGAUAACAUCCUUUUCAGCAGAGCUUUUGAUUCCGCUCGUUAUGAGCACGUGAUUGACGCGUGCGCUCUGAGAACAGAUCUGGAAAUUCUUCCUGCUGGUGACUCAACAGAAAUUGGAGAAAGGGGUAUAAACCUCAGUGGCGGUCAAAAACAGCGAGUUAGCCUGGCACGUGCCGUAUAUUUCAAUGCUGAUAUCUACUUCUUGGACGAUCCACUCAGUGCUGUGGACGCUCAUGUCGGAAGGAAACUAUUUCAAAACGUCAUCGGACCAACUGGAAUGCUCCGAGAGAAGACUCGUAUCCUUGUGACGCAUGGCAUCAGCUUUCUACCUCACGUGGAUCACAUUAUUGUCCUUCAAGACGGCUUUGUCUCUGAGGAGGGUACCUACACUGAACUUUUAGAAAACUCGGGCGCUUUUGCGGAUUUUCUCCAAACGUACGGCUCGGAGGAAACCUCCGAAACGGAGGUUUCCGACGAGAGCGAGGGAGACGAAGAAGUGCUCGAAGAUUUAUUUAGUGACAUUAACAUUGACCAAAGGAAGGAAAACGAAACCUUGGAGAAAAAUUACAAAAAAGAGCCAGCGGAGAAGAGCAAUGUUGGAAAAACGAUCACAGAGGAAACAUCAGAAACUGGAACGGUUAAAUUUUCAGUGUUAAUGUCAUACAUCAAGUCCACUGGAGUACACUGGUUCUUAUUCUCCUUGUUCUCUUUCACGGUCAUGGAAGCAUGCUCUGUUGGCACGGGAAUAUGGCUGGCUUAUUGGAGCUCCGCAGAAGUCACAACCAAUCAGCAAAGAGACUUUUAUCUGACAGUCUAUGGAAGCAUCGGAGCGGGGCAGUCCUUUUUCAUCUUCAUGUAUUCCUUGACAUUGUUUUGGGGGGCUAUCAAAGCGUCCAGAACACUUCAUCGCAAAUUGAUAGUCAAUAUCUUGCGACUACCUAUGACUUUUUUUGAUACGACUCCUCUUGGACGAAUAAUGAACCGGCUGUCGAAGGAUAUUUAUGGAAUUGAUGUGACAAUUCCGCUUUGCCUGAGAUCAUUUUUGCAGAUGUUUUUCGAUGUCCUCGGCAUGCUGGUUGCUGUGAGUUACGCUACACCGCUCUUCCUCAGUAUUGUACCUCCGUUAGCAGCUUUGUACUUUUAUUUUCAGAGGGUGUACGUUGCUUCAUCGAGACAGCUGAGAAGGAUCGAGUCAGUGAGCCGAUCACCAAUCUACAGUCAUUUCUUAGAAACGAUCAACGGUGCCAGCACCAUCCGGGCAUUUUCACAACAGGAGCGCUUCAUCCGGGAUAAUUAUCGCAAAGUGGACGAAAACCAAGUUGCGUAUUAUCUAUCUAUCUCCGCUAACAGAUGGUUGUCUCUUCGUUUGGAGUUUAUUGGGAAUUGUUUGAUCUUCUUUGCGGCAUUGUUUGGUGUGAUCAGCCGGGAUAAGAUUGGCGGAGGUCUUGUUGGACUUUCUGUGACAUAUGCGCUUCAGAUCACUCAAAAGCUUAACUGGAUGAUCCGAAUGUCGAGUCAACUGGAAACUAACUUGGUAUCAGUUGAGAGAGUCAACGAAUACUCUAAUAUAACAACAGAGGCCGAGAGAGUUAUUCCGGACAGUCGUCCGUCACGUGACUGGCCACAACAGGGAGUAGUCUUAUUUGAUAAUUUCCAGCUGCGAUACAGAGAUGGGCUGCCUUUGGUGCUGAAGGAAAUAAGCUUCAUGAUCAAGCCAGCAGAAAAGAUCGGCAUUGUAGGUCGUACAGGAGCGGGAAAGUCUUCUUUGGCUUUAGCAUUGUUUCGUAUUCUGGAGAGAGCUGGUGGAAAAAUUGUUAUUGAUGGUGUUGAUAUCGCUACUAUUGGACUGCGAGACCUCCGCUCACGACUCACCAUCAUUCCGCAGGAUCCCGUGUUAUUUUCUGGAACUCUCCGUCUAAACUUGGACCCGUUUGACAAGUAUACUGAUGAAGAGUUGUGGAAAGUACUGGAAGUGAGUCACUUGAACAGAUUUGUCUCAGGUUUGAAUGGAGGACUGCAACACAUCAUAGCAGAGGGGGGAGAAAAUUUGAGUGUUGGUCAGCGGCAGUUGGUGUGUUUAGCGCGUGCGCUGCUCCGUAAAAGUAAGAUCCUGGUUCUCGAUGAAGCCACGGCCGCGGUGGACCUGGAAACUGAUGAGUUCAUUCAGCAGACGAUUCGGCGUGAGUUUGCUGACCAUACAGUGCUCACGAUUGCUCACAGACUGAACACUAUAAUGGACUAUGACAGGGUGAUGGUCCUUGACAAUGGAUCAAUCGUGGAAUUCGACUCGCCAAUCAAACUACUGGAACAACGAGGACUCUUCUACGACAUGACACGCAACGCGAAGCUGAACGUUUUGUCCAUCAAUUAAAACAAGUGACGCGGGGCAGUUGGUUCUGUGUGGUACUCGACAGAUAUUUCAGGUCCUAGACAUCUGGAAAUCUUUCACGACAACUAGUUCGUCAUCUUUACCAAUCUCGCUCAGAUAUGGGAAUGACAUUACUACUUUACCUUACAUCUCUGAGUUCGGUUCGUUGCGAAAAGUGAAGACGAAAUAAACUGAAAAAGUUGUUCGCUACUCUCACUGUUAUGAAGGUUCCGGCAGUGGGGUUAACUGUUAGUCGUAAAACAGACAAAAAUUCAUCCGUUAUUUAGGCGCAAAAAUUAGAAACUUUUAAACGUUAGCCGUGAAAAGCAAUUUUAACCACGAAAGUGAGCGUCUUUAGAUCUGUUGUCAAGACUUUCUUGAGUUUGGUCUUGUGGCUUGAAAGCUAUAGUAGUCUACAGUUCUUA